UAAACAAGGAAGUCCCAUGUGAUGAGCACAAAUUAUAUUCCGUUACAAUUUAUAAUUUUACCUAAUCCAGGUUUAUAGUGAUCCAGACAUAUACAAUUAUACUCUAAAAAUUAAUUUUGGGGGACAAAUUCCCCAAUAUGACCGGAAGCUGUCUUUUGAUGUAGUAGUAGUACAUGCGCAAUAAUAUUUACCAGGUUGAUGGUGAAAUGAAAACAUGGCAGAGACGGACAGGUGCGGAAGGAGAAAGCAGAGAAAUCCUAAAAGAAAAAAUGUUGAAGAUGAAGUGAGUGAUAUCAAACAAAAAGAAACAGUUGAAGUUUCCACAGCUAUUGGUAGAAACCAUGACCACUCUGGUAACCAUGACAACAGUCUCCAUGACAAAGUGGCAAACAAAGAUGAAAAGUCAACAGCUGAUUCUCAGAUAAAGACUAGUUUGUCAGAGGACAAAGAACCAAGAUCCACCACACAGAAUCCGUCUUUGGACAAAGAGAACUCAGAGAAUAGGGAGGAGGUGACGUCUGUUGUGUUGCCAUGUAAACAGCCUUCCUGUGUGACCAACAGUAGUGCUGAGGAGGACAAAAUCCAGGAGUACCUGAACCGCAGUGACACAGCAGUCAUCUACCCCGAACCUGUCGGUGAUCUCGAGGCUCAGGAGUCUGAAGCCAAUGUCCCAGAGACUGAGGAAGAGGAUGAGGAGAGUCGUGACAAUGAUGCUGUGCUGGAGGAGGACAUUGUCAUGAAGUGUAUGUAUUGCAGUCAGUCCUUUUCCAGAAUCCCUGUCCUCAGGGACCACAUGAAAUCAGCCCACCCAGAAAAACCAGUCAGGUUCCAGUGUCCCAAGUGUGAGGAAUCCUUCAACCAGAAGUCCCACCUGGACAAGCACCUAGCCCUACACUCUCCAACCUCUCAGUCCUGUAAAGUCUGCAACAAGACCUUUGCCAAUGUUUAUAGGCUACAGCGACACAUGAUCAGCCAUGAUGAGAGUACAGACCUCCGCAAGUUUAAGUGUCCAGAAUGUGGCAAGGCAUUCAAGUUCAAGCAUCACCUCAAGGAACACAUUCGUAUACAUAGUGGAGAGAAGCCAUUUGAGUGCCCAAACUGCCACAAGCGAUUCAGCCAUUCCGGAUCCUACAGUAGUCAUAUGACUUCCAAGAAAUGCUGGGUAGCAGGACCAAAAGCGCACACAACUGAAAGGGUCAACCAUAGUGAACCUACAGUCACCUAUUCCAAGCCGCUCAUCUCCAAGGGAGCCUUUACUCCACCUGUCCACAUGCUGACCAAUAUGGCUCAAGGACCAUUUCCCAGAGUACCAUACCUACAUUUUGAUCCAAAAGGAAGCAUGCCAUUCUUCACUCCCCCACCAGCCUUUGUACCAUACACAUAUUCCAUGAUUCGUCACAGCUCACCCAUCAAUCCAAUCAUCUCUCUCCAAGCCAAGGCAGAAGCCAUGUCUCGUCACAGCACAAGUCCAUCCCAUGUCAACACAGCUCAGAUCUCUCCAGAUGUCAAUUCCAACACUCAGCUUCUUUCCAUGCACAAGUUCACAUGCAAGGACACCACAACAGUCAAAAAAGAACCAGAUUCCAAAGAAGAAUCUUCCACCGAUUCCAAACGUGAACCCAAAGAAGAACCAAUGGAGGAAGAUAAGUCUCCUGAGGGCGCAGAGAAAAAGGAAAUCCCAGAAUCGGAUGUCACAUCAGAUGUGAAGAUGGAAGAGAAAGUCGACACUGAGAAAGAGAAGAUUCCCUGUCACUUCUGCAGUGAAGUCUUUAACAGUGCAGUUGAUCAGCACCAACAUGAAAGGUACCUAUGCAAGGCCAAUAAGGAACUCCUACAAAGAGCAUCCUUAAGUGAUAGUUCCAGAAAUUCUCCAUGUAGCUCCGUCUCAGACAGCAGUCACCAGGAAACACCCAACGGCAGCUUUAGUGCUCCAGACACUGACCAUGAAGAUGACUGUGACUCCAAGAAAUUCAGGAUGAGGACUCACAUAACUGAAGAACAGCUGGCAGUGCUAAAGGCCUACUACAAAGAGAAUCCAAGACCAAGGAAGUUUGAACUAAUCCGCAUCGGGAAGGAAAUUGGAAAAGAAAAGAGGGUUGUGCAAGUUUGGUUCCAAAACAUGCGAGCGAGAGACAGACGACAAGGGAAGAAUGUGCCAUAUGUUCCCUCCAUGGCCCGCUUUAAGCACCAUGAUGGCUCUAUGUGGAAGAAUCCAACAUCUACUCAGUCCAGCUAUAUCCCUGUUGUUCCCAACACAACACGAGCACAUGGUAAAAAGCUAGACCUACCCUCUACUAGCAAGUCAGGAGAGCAGCCGUUAGAUCUCAGUGUCCACAGCAGAACACCUACUCCAGCUCAUGCAAGCAGUCCAAGCUCCUCCAAUAGCUCAUCCAGUGUUCCUCACAAAUUCUCAUCCUCAAACUUCAGUGGGAAGCCGGACAGUCCAUCAGAGACCUCUAAGAAAGAAGGCAGGCUUCAGAGUAGUGCUAUCUACAAGUAUCUGCAGCAGGAGGGCAUGAUACCUCGACACUUCUUUGGAAGUUACCUUCCACAUCCACCAACUUCAAUGUUCCAGCCUUUCCUACAGGCACACAUGCUGGCAAAUCAAGAAGCUGCCAUGAAUCAUCACUUUGAGCAUCGUUCCAAAUCUGCUGAACCAAUUCCAAAACCAGGCUUCACUGAUAUCAACAGAAACAGUGCUACUCCAAUGGACUCUAAAUUUUACUUUGAGCAGAAUGGAGACAAGUCUGGUCGUCUGGUGAUUGAUGAGAGUCAGGACGAGGAUUCCAACUGUUCCAGUGACAGCUGUAGUGACAGUGAGCAGUACCGCCGGGCCAUGGCAGACGCCACCUUGAACCUCGCCACCCUUGCGGAGGUCAGCCUGUCCCAGAGAGCUGCACUGAUGGAGAGUUCACUCAAGUCCAAACGCCUGCGUAAGAAGAGCUGGCGGCAGGUACACAGCUAUAUGGAGUCUGAGGAAGCCCAGAUGGACCUGGAUGAUUCCCUACUGGAUGAAGAUCAUCCCCUAAGAAAGAAACGUCGGAGCUGGAAAGGUCAUAAGAUUGACGCCGAGGAAGGAAUGUAUGCCUGUGACCAGUGUGCUAAAGUCUUCUCCAAGCAGAGUUCCCUGGCUAGACACAAAUACGAGCACUCAGGUGCUCGCCCUUUCACCUGUGAAAUCUGUGGCAAGGCUUUCAAACACAAGCAUCACCUAACAGAGCACCGCCGCCUCCAUUCUGGCGAGAAACCGUUCGAGUGUAAGAAGUGUGGCAAGAGGUUCAGUCAUUCAGGUUCCUAUAGCCAGCACAUGAACCACCGCUACAAGUACUGCAAACCGCUACGAGAGGAUGGCUAUUCCUCUUCUUAAAGCUAAGUCAUUUGGGGUCCUAUAGCUAGCACAUGAAGCACCGCUACAAAUACUGCAAACCACUACAAGAGAAUGGCUACUGCUCUUCUUAAAGCUCACCUUCUUCAAGAACUCUGACCACUAUAAAUAUAGUAGUUCAUAACUUGAUGAAGAUAUCCUUCCAUUGUGAAACUGAAGCCUUGGCUUCCUAUUUCUUUCAUAAGUUUACUGGGAGUUACUUCCCUUUAAUUGCAGUCCAUUCUGUGAUCAAAGAUCAGAAGAGUUUUUUUUUUAAUUGUAAGACUGUGCUGCUGCAUUGCAAGUAAUUUUGACAUGUUGUUAAGUGUUUAAGAUUGUGACAGAAUAUUUCCACAUUGCUGAGGUAUUAACUCUGAUGUUUUCUAGCUUGGUUGAAUUUGAUGUUAAGUUUCCAUUCCGCCUUGUUCUUUUAUUUGGCUCUUGGCAUUCCAGUGAAGUGGAACUGCACAACAUUCCUAUUUCUAUCAAUCAUACAUCAUUUCAAUACAGCAUAUUACUGGAAUUCUCAGUUUCAUAAAAUUUUGUCAUCAUUCAUCAAUCAUCUUAUGUUAUAAUUUCUAAGCUCUCAUCUUCUAAGCUAAAUGUAGGUCAUGUGAAAACAUUUCAUUUUGAGGUUUAUGUACUGAAUAUUUUGCUUGCCCAUUUUACACCACUAUGGUGUAUAUAUUGUUCUUGCAAUCUAUCUCCUCCAUGACACAUCAUUUGAAUGGUGUUUGUAUAUUUGUAUGUGAUCAUGUUUUAUAAUGAGUUUUAUUUUUCGUACCAGAUUUUUAUUUCUCUGAAGAGAUAGAGGGGACCAAAUGUUUGAGUAAUCUGUAUAUAUCUGAAAAAGCAUGUAAGGAGAAUUUAAAAUGUGUUUCCAUGGUGACAAUGUUUAGUCCACCAAUCAGAUUACCUGAUACAAAUACUCAUGUUGUUACUGCUGUUGUUGUGUUAGCUAGUCCCCCAUGUGUUGUGAUAGUACCUAGUCCCAGAAUUCAUGUGGUAGAAUUUGAAUGAUCUAUAUCUUCAGAAAUAUAGAUGUUAUUAAAGAUGUUACAUGUAUUAUUCAUCUCUAUAAUAUUCCUCAAGUUCAAAGAGGUUUUUUUUUUUUUAAUCUUAUUAAGUAUUUUUUGAAGGGAAUUGAAGAACUGUAUUUAUUAUUUAUUUUUUUUGUAUUGUAUUAAGCUAGUAGAAUAAUAUAAUAUAUUUUCUCUGAGUCUCUGUCGAUGCACAAGGCUGUGCUAGAAUACAGAAUGUUUCAAUGACUAUAGUGCUUCCUUGACAUCCAACACAGUCACUAAAUGGCUAGUCAAUUUAACAGUUUACCUGGUAAAAAAAUGAACUUUUUUUUCCAUUGAUAUUUUUUAAUUUCCCAAUUCAUUAGUUUUCCUCCACUUUAUUUAUAGCAGUGGUACACAAAGUGUAUGAAAUUUGGACAAAGUAUGAAAUCUUUGUUGUACAUUGACUAUCAGAUGAUUCAUUGCAAUCCUUACAGAUUAAUUUUUUUGUAUAGUUCAGUUAACAGAUACUAUUUAUAGUAUAUAGUAGAAGUCAUUGUUAUUUAGAGGUUUGUUAUUUAAGAUGGGAUCUUCCAGUACAAUCCACUAUCAGUAUUUAAUGCUCUUCCAGUUUUGAAGCCAUUUAUGUUUUACCAUAAAGUAUUCAUAUCAUGAUAAACCAAUCAUCAUCAUAAAUUGUACAAAAGUGAGAGAGAAUGUGUAUGGAAGCAUGUUAUUUAAUUUUAUGUUAAGUUUCAGACUUUUAUUACAACUGUAAACUUGAAUUAGAUCUGUAAGUUAUUCUUGGUAUAUUCUUAGUUUAAUGAUUGAAUUCAGCAGCCUGAAAAGCAGGAAAUUCCCUCUAUUCAAACAGUUCACAUUAUACAUAGAGAAAUUCCUUUAAUCAAACAGUUUUCAUAAGAUAUAGAGAAAUUCCUUUAAUCAAACAGUUCACAUAAUACAUAGAAAUCCAAAGAAAAAACAGAAAUAAAACACAGGAAGUUUAAAAUUGCAGUCUUAAUUUUUAUCAUGUGCCAAAGUUUUCAUCCUGCAUUUUGUGCCAAAUUCCAGUAAUUUAGGUCAAUAGAUCUAGAUGUCGUGAAUUCUCCGCUGCCAAAGACCCUAACUUUGUUUAGUGUACUCUGAUUUCCACCGAUUACAGACAAUCAAACUAGUUGUUAUUUGUUUAGUUUCUUUUUCUGUGUUUUUAACCUUUAAUUGUGUAUACUUUGUUUUUGGGACUGAUUUUCAUUUUUUAAGUAUUGAAAUUGAUCAAAAUAUUUUUUUUAGAUUCUUGUUUUUCUUUAGAAGAUAUGUUAACAUGUGGUUAUUGAAAGGCGGGAUAGAAGCAAUAGAAUGUACAGUACUAGUCGUCGUAAUGUAGCACCUUGUCUCUAGUUAAAGCUCCCAUUCAGUUUUGUCCUUGUAGUGUUUGUAUGUGUACUCUGAUGAUAAAUGGGAAACUGUGUCAGUAUGUUGUCAUUUUCUCUUGGUUUUUCAAACCGUCAUAAAUUGAGAGUUUCUUUAUUGAACUAAGAGAAAAUGAUUGUUUUUAUUUCGUAAAUUAACAGGUCUGUUGAAUAAGGCGAAAGUGAUGCUGAGUGUGUGACUUUAUGAUAGUGUUGAUAUAAGAUUGUAUGUUUGUCUGCCUGUAUCUCAGGUAGAGGGUGUUAAGCACCUGUAUGUGUGUGUCGGGCUUCGCUCUUUUACCCUCAGCAUGCCGACAUCUUGCCAUUACAGUAUUAAUUCCUCCUGUGUCUUCCUCGUGCCAGUAAUAUAUCGUGCACUGCGCUAAGCAGAUAUGAUUUAUUUACUCCGUGUAGAAAGUCCUUGAUCCUAGUCAUUUUUUUAAAAUUUUGAUGAAUAGCAAUAUUUUUUUCAUUACUGAUUUGAUUAGUAGUUAUCUAGUCCCACUAUUGAAAAUGUUUUAUUAUCUAAUUACCUAUUGAACCACCAUUUUAUUUUAUUAAGUUAUGCAUUAAAAUAUAAAUACCAUACGUGUAUGUGUUGAAAAUUAAAAUGUGCAAAGUUCUUUUUUUUUUAACCAUGUUACAGUUUAGGAAAUACUCAUAUUUUUAUUCACCAAUAAAGUUUCCAUAAAAAAUACUCAAUAUUUCACCAGAAACAAAAGCUCUUGAAUGUUUAAUCAAGAUAGCUUGAUUCCCUAGUGCCAAACUGGGUCCGCUGAUGCCAAUAGCCCUUCAGUAUUUAUAGAUUAGCCUGCUGAUUUUUUUUUUUUAUGUAUAGCACAGCUAUCGAUCUUGCUAUUAGCAGCUGAGCUAGAAAUCAAAAGUAUGUACAUAGUAUCUCAUCUCCGUUUGUUUUAAUAUAAUAUCUAGUAUGUCCUGCUGUUUGAUUGGAUAAUUUUGAGUGUGUUAUGAUGUGUGAUUGGUUGAUAUUGAGAUGAUGAUUGGUUUAAACAUGAAAUUAUUCACCAGACAUCAGUAUUACUAUAACUUGCCAUACACUGCAUUGUUCUUGCUGUUUUUUUCUGAUUUUUUAAACAUAUGAUGGUGUUACUACUGUUGCAAUAGUAAAAUUAAAAAGAAUUCAUGAAAGCUGCAUUUUUAUUUACAAACUGAGCUCUUCCUGAUUUGAAAACAAGCAAUGGCAUUAGCCUUUAUACAUGUGUGUUUAUUAAAGUUUUCUAUUGUCUGCAAUAAUAUUCAAAUUAUAAAAGUUUUGUACAUGGUAAUGAUGCAAUGCUUGUCACAAGAUAGGUGUAUAUGUUUUAUGUGUUGUAAUUACCUAUAUUAAUUGCAUGAGAUGUAAAUGUUUGUGUCAUUAUUUACUUAAGUAUCAUUGUAUCCUGAUUUUUUAAUUGAUUUAUUGCAUGUUUUACUAUAGAUUUAUUCUUAAUGUGUACAUAGUUUAUUGUGAAAUAAACAAAGGGAGUUAACUCUAGUCACAAGAUGUAUAAAUCAUGCCAGCAAUUGAAAGUGUAAUGUAAUUUUAAUCACUGUUUUGUAAUGCUUGCCUGUUUGAGAUUGUGUCAUGAUUAUAUUUAUUUUAAUAUGUGCUUUUUAUGAUGGAACUUUUUAAAAUUGAUUUUAUGUUCAGACAUUGCAAGAGAUUGUUUCUAGUUCAAAAUCAUCUGUCAAACUGUUUUCUCUUUACAUUCCAAUUUUCACUUCAGUUUCACUUCUAUCCAAAAAAAAUUGUCUCCCUGUUUCCACAAAGUACACUAAACACUACACUGAGAUUUUUGUCAGAUUCAGCCAUAAUUUUUUUUCAGUAUUUUUGGAAAUGAAAUCCAGAAUUUAAUUCUAGUCGUGAAUUUGCAUAAUAGUCUGUAACAACAGAGAAGUGUCGACACAAUGUGUGGAUACUUCUCUAGAAGUAGAUAAAUGUAUCGCCACGUUCUGUAUAUCAUCAAUUCCAAUGUUUUAUGUAACCAAUAGUCAUACAAUAAAAACAGUCAAACUACA